CCUCCCUCCAGCGCUGCUCGGUUUCGGCCGUUUUUAAAAAGGCAGGGCGGCCCGCACUCGCUCAGUGUUCUCGCCAAAACUUGUGCAGACGCGGGGAAGAGAUCAAGAGCGCAGCCGCAGAAGGGAAAACGGCUGCGGGUUCUGGAGCGCCCGAGAGGUUUGCGCACACGCUGGACCUUACUAGUGCUGUCAUUACAAACGGGCAAUGAUCAGAACAGAUAGUCUGUUCUAACCUUUGUGCAAAAAGAUCUUUUUUUUUAAAGCGGAUGUUUUUAAAACGCAACAUUUAUUGACCUUUCUUUGUGACUUGUGGAUGCGGACUUUUUUUUUUUCUUACAAAGUUACUCAUUUUAUUCUAAAAAUCUGAUGACCUGAAGCAAAGGUGUGUCGGAGAGUGUAAUUACGAAUUUGCUCGGACGUUCUAAUCAUAUUGGAAGAAUAAGAAUAAAUCAUCUUUGAGAAAAUGCUCCUUAACUUCUUAUUCGUGAUGGUGCCGUUUCUGUCGGCUGUACCACAUAGCUUGGGUUCGUACGUGCCGUGCGAGCCGUGCGACCAGAAGGCGCUGUCCAUGUGCCCUCCCGAGCCCAAAGGCUGUCAGCUAGUGAAGGAGCCCGGCUGCGGCUGCUGCCUCACCUGCGCGCUCGCAGAGAAUCAGCCGUGCGGCGUAUACACCAGCACGUGUGCGCACGGACUCCGCUGUCUGCCGCGCGACGGAGAGGAGAAGCCACUACAUGCGCUGCUGCACGGCAGAGGGCUGUGCACCAACGAGAAGGGCUAUAAGGCGUCGCAUCCGCCUGUUGAUCGCGAGUCUAAAGAGCAUGACGAGGCAAUGAAGACUGACACAACGGAGGAGCAGCUUCAACCAGCCAAAGUACCCAUUUAUGCUAAGCAAGACCUAAUCAAAAGCAAGAAAGAAGCUGCAAUGCGCAAGGAAAAGAAGAAACAGCAGGAGAAGCUGAGGUCCAUUAGUCUGGAACAGUCACCAGGCCCAACUGGCAAGCAUGAUACCGAAUUUGAAUUUGGUCCAUGUAGAAGAAGGCUAGACGGGAUCAUAAAGGGGCUGAAAGACACCUCCCGCAUUGUGGCUCUAUCACUUUAUCUGCCCAACUGUGACAGGAAGGGCUUCUUCAAACGCAAACAGUGUAAGCCCUCACGUGGUCGGAAACGAGGAAUAUGCUGGUGUGUGGAUAAAUAUGGAGUGCAGUUGCCAGGGACCGACUACAGCGGCGGAAACAUCCAGUGCAAAGACAUGGAGCCUGGCAACAACAAUGAGUGAGGAGGAAUGCUCCGUGAUCACCUAAGCCGAGGCUCACCUCCUUCUUUCCUUCCCACCUGUCCACCCGCCAGUCACUCUACGAUUUUGAUCCGAAAAGAAGAAACAAAACAGAAACAAAUUUGAACAAAAACAAUCGAUAAACUUUUUUGACUGAGCGCUCAUCUCUAACUUGGGGUACCCAGUUAAUCAGAGGGUCUCUGCUGUGUUAAGAGCUGGGGCCCAGCAAAAGAUUUUUAAAAAUAUAUACAUUCAAUUAUAUAUUUUUAUAGAGGCUGGGGUUUGAGCACCAUACUUGUUAACACACAGCAAAAAAAAAGAGCAUAUGGUAUGUUAAUUAUUACCAGCGCUAUCUUUUACAUCUUUGAGGUUGAGGUGUAAGAGGAGAUAGCUCAAACUCUUAUUAUUGGAAGAAUUAUAAAUUUGUUUGUUUGUUUGUUUUCCAAAGAAAAAAAAAGGAAAAAAUAUCAUGUCAUAGGGAUGUGCUGAUAUAUGGCUAUUUGGUCCUCUCAGAGCACUUAAUUGGGAAAACCUUGGAAAUGUGUAACUUCACCAAGUUCAGUGUAUGUGUGUGUGUGAAUAUAUAUAUGUCUGUCUUCGUUUGUGUGAAUGUAUGUGCAGUUGCAUGAAAGGGAAACAUGGUGGACACCUUUUUUUUUGUCGCAUUUUAGUUUGUUUUCCACCACAUGAGUGCGUGGCCCCCCCAAGAGCAGUUAUACAGUAGGGUAGGCUCAUUGUUAGAAUUCUCUCACUGGCCUACUCUUUGGGAGAAUGAUAGUGUAGGAAUUGAAACCGUGUUUGACAUACCUGUCUCAGUGACUCUGUGACUGUGUAGCUUGCCUAAAAUGCCAACUGUGCCUAUGUAACCUGAUGCCGGCAUGCAGACUGAUCCAGGUGAUUGGAUAGCUGAUGUGCUGGCUGUGACCUGAGGUUCUGUCAUGUCCAACAUCUUUACCGCUUGUUUGUUAGAAGGAUGAAAAGAAACAUCCACACCCAAAAUCAUCUGGUACCUAUUUUGCAGCAUAAGUAUCAAUAUCCAAAGUGAAAUACUUGGUGUUAUGGUCUAGGACAGAUCUCAGUGGCCUGACACUAACGUUCUCAGAAUUUGGGCUUGAAGUAACUUGACUUUGAUGGACAUUCACUUUUGAGAGUGGUGGCUUCUUUCUCAACCUGUGACAAGUUUUUGAAAUAGUCUGCUUUUAUUAUUAUUGUUAUUAUUAUUUUGCCUUCAGUGAAGUAUCAACUUAUCCGCUUAUGAGCCAUUUCCUAGACCAAGUGCUUUCACUGAAACGAGUGACACCUUGGCGUAGUAUAUCACCAUUAAUUGUAGAUUGAUGAAUGUUUUCUGAGGAACCAUUAUCAGGAAUUGCUGCUUGGAAAACGAGUUGUGCAUUUUAGCAUGUUUUCAUUGUUACAACUUUUGUUGUAGUCUGUUUUCAUUGUUACAGCUACCUAGUCAUUUUGGGACCUUGGUCAUGUGAAUGAAGGUCUUCCCCAAUCCACCCGAACUUUUUUUUCUAAGCCACACAAUGACUGUGCGUGCUGUUCUCGAAAUUCAAUCUUCCGCAUGACAUAACUGCACCUUUUGCUUUUUAAAGGGUGUCAUUCGAAAAGGAAGGCACAUUUAACUACCAUUGUCAUUCAGUGCAUUGAGAGUUUUAUGUGAGUCUGUGUGUAUGAUUUAGUGCCUUUCUACAUACAAAUACAUUUGAAUAGUGAUGUGAACGUUACACAAUAGCCAAGGGGAUAAAAUCAGUUAAACAUUAUGUACUGACGAGGGUCCUCGGUCGCUUUCAGAUUUAUAUGUCAAAGAUAUUUCUGUCAUGCCACAAAUUUUAAAACACCUUGUAAAAUCACUAGCUGUGAAAGGGAAGCUAGUGGGUAUACUUAUGUCUCUCAUUGAUUGUUUCUUUUUUUAUCUCAACGAAUAAGCUGAAUUUUGAGACUGCAAGUGUAUGUAAAUGCUUGAGAGUAGUUCAAGUUGUUUUCAGUCAAGCUACAUAUGAACAGGGAUACACAGUGGCCUUCAUGGCCAGCACAGGCUGGUGAUUCUUUAGCAGGAAAACCAGCAAGAAAAGCCAUUCCCUGCCACAGUGGUUCAGCUCAGAUCUUAUUACAGAGCUCAUGUGAUCAUAGUUUCAUGGCUGGGAGGGGGCCAGUAAUGCUCAACACAAUGAGAUAGAUGAGACGCUACUCUGCUAAGCUUGCCUCUAGUGCUAUUUCUCUCUGCUAUUGAUAGCUACACCAUUAUCAAAAAAAGACAAAGAACCACAGGUUGACAGAAAGUCCCAACGGCGAGACUAAAUGGUAAAAGUGUGCUAUGAGAGACUCUCAACAUAUGGAGUGAGAAAAAAAGAGAGUUUGUCAGGGUGAAGGUUAUAAACAGACCUUUGCAGGUGUUUUAAAUGAGUUAUUGAGGAGGUGUUGUUCACUAUUAUUGCACAAAUGGCCUCUAAGGAGGAGGAGGAUGAGGCCCGAGCAUUUGCCAGCAUUAUCCAGGUCCUGAUUCGUGCUCAGAGCCCCCUCCCGCUUUUUUCUUUUCUUUUUUCUUUUUUUUUUUGUUUAAAAAAAAAGCAGCUUGCACUUAUGUAUUUACAAUAUUUCUUUCGCCAUAUGACAGCUUCCUCCUAGCAGUGCUGACUCCUAAGCACAUCUCAGAUCAGGUGUAGGAGAAGCAGAAACAGGCCUCAGACAACAACCCUGCCUGAGGACUUUUGACAGGGGCUUUAGUGGCCCAAGCCUGACAACCACCACUUCAUCUGGUGGGGGAAAAAAUAAAACAUACACAGCUAUUGAUCUAAGUCCAAUCUCUACUCAUCUACUUUUACAGCUAUCAGACUAUGUGCCUCAGUGGCACCCAGGGAGAGGGAGAGAAGGUGAGAGCCCCAGGCCAUGAUCGUGCUCUGGGCCUCACUACCCCGUCAAGUGGGGCAGCACAAAAACACACACACACACCACAGCACACAUCACAGUAGAUACUGUUAGCAGGCUAGACUAUAGGGGUCUCGGAAUCUGUUAGCAGGUUCAAGCAACCAGUGGUAAAUCAGUGACUGCUCUUCUGGGCUUGGGACUGACAUUAAAGGUGGUAGGAAAUGAUUGCUUCUAGCUUAGAUGUGGUUCAUGAUUGAAUAAUGUGCACAGAAUUGACACAGCAGAGUUCCUGUUGGUUUGGUUUUUUUUUUUGUUUUACUACCAAAUUCGUGUCGAUUUUCAAAAAUGGUGUUCUCGCAUCAACCAAAGACAACACUGUAAAGCUAAUUUGAUAUCUCUUCCUGAAUUACCAUGUUUGACUGGAUCUCAUCAUUUAUUGAGAUUCUUUAAAAAUAUCUAGUGUUUCGAAAGAAGAACAGUCACAUCAAAUCAAUAUAACCCACUGUGCUGUUGCUUGGUGCCUUUACCAGAUUCCGAAUCUUCAAAAUGGAUAGAUGACUACAAUAUUCACAACUCAUGAUACAGUAGUAUUACAGCUUUCUUUCUGAAUCACUAACAAUUUCUUCUUGUUGUUGGAUUCUUUUUUUUUUUUUUUUUUUUUUUUUUUUUUGUGGAUGAGAAAAGACUUGAUGAUUGAUCACAUUGACAUGUGGCCUAACAUGGCAUUUUUAAAAGAAAAAAAAAACAACAAAAUACACCCAUUUGUGGCAGGAGGACCGUGAAAAUGUUCAGCAUUUGGAACUCUUAAUAAAACAGAGAAAAAGAUUAAAAAAAAAAAAAAAAAAACUCAAAUUAUUAAGAAAGUAAAUAUCACUGUAAUAUUUAUUCAACUUGUAAUUUAUGUACUCUUUUAACCUUUGUCUCUUUUUUUUGUUAUGACAAAGCAUUUAUUUAAAUAAAGUUAUGUAUUCAUUUAAA